AAGAAAUGGAAGGAGAAAUUCACAAUUUCAUUGUUGUAUGGGCUAUUAUCUUAACAAGUUUAUGUUAUUCUCACACCAUAGCCAAAUUCAUUCCCAAAGGCAAAUCAAGAUUUGUGGCUAUUAUUCCAAUAGUUUGUCUAUUUUUUAAACUUCCAUUUUGUCUUUCUUCUAUCAAUCUUGGUGCCAAUACUUCUUUCUUCAUUGCAUGGCUAGCCAAUUUUAAACUUCUUUUAUUUGCUUUUGGUAAAGGCCCUUUGUCAUCAACCCCACCUCUACCACUUUCAUCAUUCAUUCCCUUGGCUUGUUUGCCUAUAAAGUUACAAACAUCAUCAAUUAAAACCACCCAAAAGAGUAAAAAAUCAACUUUAAAUCUUGUUACCAAGAUUGCACUUCUAGCCAUUUUACUAAGGGUGUAUAACUAUAAAGACUAUUUGCAUACAAAAAUCAUCCUCUUUUUAUAUUGCCUCUACAUUUAUUUAUCGCUAGAAAUCAUGUUGACCAUGAUUAGCACCAUGGUUCGAGUCGCUAGCCGAGUCGAGCUUGAGCCACCCUUUGACGAGCCUUACAAGACCAGCUCGCUUCAAGAUUUCUGGGGCAGGAGGUGGAACCUCAUGGUAACCAACACACUCCAUCCGGCCAUAUACGUUUCUGUACGGUCAAUGGUGAUAGACCGUGGGCCCCACUUCUCGAGGAAGUGGGCCCCACUUCCCGCUGUGCUCGUCACGUUCAUUGUCUCCGGCCUAAUGCAUGAGCUGAUUUUCUACAACAUUGGAAGACUAAAGCCUAGUUGGGAAGUCACAUUCUUCUUUAUCAUACAUGGGGUGGCUUUGUCACUAGAAAUUGUGAUAAAAAAAUUGUUGAAUGGCAAAAUUAUGAUUCCUAAAAUUAUCUCAGGACCAUUAACAUUAGGAUUUAUAAUAUUCACAAGCUUUUGGUUGUUUUUUCCACCUUUUUUAAGAGGUAAAGCAGAUGUUAAAGCAUGUGCUGAGUUUAUUGCUUUCUUAGAAUUUGUUAAGUGUGGUAAACUAGUUAGUCCUACCAAUGUGACAUGUCCACUACUAUAAGACUAGUAGUCCAUUUAAAGCUUUUGGAAAACCAAAAAUGUUUGUUUAGUUUUCAACACAAAAGAAGAAUGUUAUGUAUAGCUAAUAUAUGUAGUUUUCAACACAAAAAGAAGAAUUUUAUGUAUCUUCAUUGGAUGUAUCAGAAGCUAAUUAUGUAUCUCGAUAGAUCCAAAGUCGAAAAAAACGCAUCAAAAGCUAAUUAUGUAUCUUUACAAAGAAAAAAAUGUAUCUUCGUUCGAUGUAUUCGGGAGCUAAUUAUGUAUCUCAGAAGACUCAAAAUCGAGAUUUUCAGUAAUUAUGUAAAACAUUGAAAUUUUUUAUAGUUAAGUUCCAAACUGUCGGAAUUUAUGUUGUUCGUCCAUGAUUUUUUCUUUAUGCGUCCAACCAAAUAAAGUAUUAUUUUAUGU